AUGACAUGUGUCAUGGUUACUUCAGUAGAAGACACGCCUCCACCGAUUAUCCAAAUUGGCCCUUCUAACCAAACUUUGCCAAAGGGCAGUAUGGCAACCUUGGUUUGCCAGGCUACAGGUUCACCUGCGCCUAAAAUCAGGUGGACCAAGGACAAUGGUGUACCUUUGAAGGAUAACAAAGCUUCUAGGAUUCAUAUUUCUGGUUCAGGAACCCUAAAAAUUGACGAUCUACAAGUCACUGAUUCAGGACACUACACUUGCACAGCCUAUUCAGAAAGUGGAGAGACUUCCUGGUCAUCAUCUUUGAUGGUCGAAAAGAACCCUUCAUCUCAUUCCACGACCUUACACCGAUCACCAGAUCCUAGUACAUUUCCAACUUCGCCAGGAACCCCUAGAGUUCUAAAUUUGACUGAAUCGAGUGCAACCCUGGCCUGGGUUCGAGGACCAGAAAGGCAUAAUGCCAGCCCACUAUUAGGAUAUUCUGUGGAAUACUUCAGUGCCGAUUUGCAAACUGGUUGGGUAAUCGCAGCCAGUAGAAUUGCUGGCGAAAGUAUAACAAUCAACGAUCUAAAACCAGGAACAUCCUACGUUUUCCUGGUACGUGCAGAAAACUCUCAAGGAAUGUCCGUACCAAGUGGCUUGUCCAAUGUCAUAAGAACACCAGACAGGAAAAAGGGCUCUUUAGGGUCCCUUGGCGAAAAUUUAGCCCAAAAGGACGCCAUGACCCAACAGGAACUAGAAAAUGCCAGAAUGGUUCUAAGUGGCAAGGUUGUAGAUUUAAGGGAUGCCCAGCCAACAAGCCCUACAAGUGUAAGGGUUGUUUGGCAGUUGCAAGUCAGCCAUAGCGAAAAAUACUUAGAGGGAAUCUAUAUUCGUUUUCGUGACUUAACAAGUGGUUCCCAGAAAUACAACAUCCUGACAGUCCCAAAAGCAACUGUUGAAACUUACAUUGUUAAUAAUCUUAAGAAAUUUACGAAGUACGAGUUUUUUGUUUCGCCUUUUUACAAAACUGUGGAAGGGCAACCUAGUAACUCCAAAAUUGCGCAGACUAUGGACGAUGUACCUUCUGCUCCACCAGACAAUAUUCAAACAGAAAUGCUAAAUUUGACAGCAGCUUUGAUUAGAUGGUCACCACCACCAGCCCAACAUCAUAAUGGAAUUUUAUUAGGAUACAAAAUACAGGUGAAAGCUGGUAAUUCCAGCAAAAUCCUGGCACAAAUGUCCCUAAACUCUACAACUCUGUCAGUGAUGCUCAACAAUUUGACAACAGGGGCUUCUUAUAAUGCCAGAAUUGUUGCUUACACCAGGAUGGGAGCUGGUCCUUAUUCAUCACCGGUUUCCCUGGUGAUGGAUCCUGCUCUCCUACAAGCUCAUCCUAGGGCUCAUCCAAGUGGGGGAAAUGGGGGAUCCCGUACAGGUGCCCAAAGUGUUGUCCAGGAAACCUGGUUUGUGGCAGUCAUUGCAGUAAUGCUACUGGCUUUCCUGUUGGCCGCAGGUGCUGCUAUGAUGUUAUUCAGGAGACGUCAACAGUUGACCAAGGAACUGGGGCACUUGAGUGUGCCUGUUGUCAACGCCAAUGAAAUUGCUGCUCUUAACAUGAACGGUAAGGAGACUUUGUGGAUUGACAGAGGUUGGAGACCUGCAGAUACUGAUAAAGAUUCUGGUUUGUCUGAAACCAAGUUGUUGAAUGCACCUGGACAACCGUAUUCUGAUAGUGCUACUGAUUAUGCAGAAGUCGACACUAGGAAUAUGUCGACGUUCUACAACUGCAGAAAGUCUCCGGAAAAUCCGACGCCCUACGCAACCACAACAAUAAUACCAUCAGUCCCGAACCGAGGAGAGAAGCACCACUUACAAACCAGUAACACAGACUCGUCUUCCUCCUGUGCCAAGCCCAAUUUAGACAUGUCUACGACAUCAGGAUCAAGUUCUCCGAAAUCCUGCUUCGACCCUUCGGUUGCUGCAAUGGCCAACAGCAAUUUGCAGCAGUUGCAUCAGCAGCAAAGUAUGCAAUCUGCACCUGGAUUUAUGCAGGGCAAUAAAUAUCCCCCGUAUAUAUGUCAUGAUGGGAAGAUGGUGCAGCAGCAAGCUUUUACAACUCCUUCCAAUUGGUCAGACUUUCUACCGCCGCCGCCAGAUCAUCCGCCCCCCACACCUUUGUUGGGCGCCCAAAGCAUAGGACCAUACGGAGCUCCGAGCCCGAUUGUCGGCAAACGUUGCCCGCAGUUCAAUUGUGGCAACACUAGAGCAGGAUCACAGAUGUCCAACUGUCACCACAAUCACAAUCCUAUGUCGGCGUCCCACCAUUCAUCAGGACAUUCCUCUUGCGGUUCCUCGAGUGGGCACAGUGGCACCGGUUGCAAUGGUUGCAGUAACAACGGUUGCAGCAAUAAUGCAUGUUGCAAUAAUGGCUCGAAUCCGGGGUACUCGCCUUGGUGUCCUGUUCAAGGCAAUCAAGCAAACAAUUUGGGGGUUAUGUACUCGCACGAGAAUGUUUACAACAGUCCUGUUGCGCCUCCUUAUGUCAAUAAUGGUCACCACAACAGGUACCAAAUGCAGCCACCAAACCAGCAUCCUCCGCAGUUACCAGGAACGUAUCCAAACAGCCAGUUCGGCGGUUCGAACCCACAUCACUCCGAGUACCAGUCUUCGUACGGAAUGACUAGGCAACCAGGAAGCAACGGACAUUGUAUAAACUCAUCCUCCAGGUCUUGUGCUUCCUACGAAGGCAUAUCCUGUUCAGACCAACACCAGAUUAUUGCCAACCACCACGCCAAAAUGAAUGGUUCGUCCUGCAACUACCAGGAUUGUUCAGCUCCUGAAGAUGCAAGUGAUAGGCACAGUGAGGAUUCCAGCAGCAGAUGCUGCAGCUGCAGCGAAGGCUCUUGUCUUUAUGCUGAAGCAGGCGAACCUCAACAAAUCCUCAGAAUCGUUCAAUAG